AUGGACUUGCCAAUCUCUGCAAUUGGUUUUGAAGGUUAUGAAAAGAGGAUUGAAAUUUCGUUUUUUGAGCCAAGCAUCUUUGCUGAUCCCGAAGGGAAGGGUCUUCGAUCUCUUUCCAAAGCUCAGUUGGAUGAGAUUCUGGAACCUGCUGAGUGCACUAUUGUCGCUUCACUGUCAAAUGACCAUGUCGACUCUUAUGUCCUCUCUGAGUCAAGCCUCUUUGUUUAUCCUUACAAGAUAAUCAUCAAAACAUGUGGGACAACAAAGUUGCUCUUUUCAAUUGCACCCAUCCUGAAGUUGGCUGAUUCACUUUCCCUCACUGUUCGGUCCGUCAGAUACACUCGUGGGAGCUUCAUCUUCCCUGGAGCUCAGUCAUAUCCUCAUCGUAAAUUCUCAGAAGAGGUUUCUGUACUUGAUAGCUACUUUGAGAAGCUUGGUUCAGGCAGCAAGGCUUUUGUAAUGGGCAAUUCUGACAAAUCACAGAAAUGGCAUAUCUACUUUGCUUCUGCUGAAUCUUACCAAUCUCUUGACCCUGUUUACACACUAGAGAUGUGUAUGACUGGUUUGGACAGGGAGAUGACUUCUGUCUUUUACAAAUGCCAGUCAGGCUCAGCAGGUUUGAUGACCAAUGACUCUGGUAUAAGAAAGAUUCUUCCAGAUUCUCAAAUAUGUGAUUUUGAGUUUGAUCCUUGUGGUUAUUCUAUGAAUUCUACUGAAGGAGCUGCAGUUUCUACAAUUCAUGUCACACCGGAAGAUGGUUUCAGUUACGCAAGCUUUGAAGCUGUUGGAUAUGAUUUUCAAGUUCUAAACGUGGGUCAGCUGAUUGGAAGGGUGUUGGCUUGUUUCCGACCGACCGAGUUUUCUGUUGCGAUGCAUGCUGAUGUUGCUUGCAAGUUUCUUGAGCAGGCUUGCUAUUUGGAUGUGAAGGGUUACAGUCUUGCUGAGAAGAGCCAUGAAGAGCUUAGAACUGGUUCCAUUGUGUACCAGAAGUUUAUGAAGACACUGGAUUGUGGAUCUCCUAGGUCUAUUCUAAAAUGCUGCUGGGAAGAGGAAGAGGAGGGAGAAAAGGAGUGGAGUUUCGAGGCUGCUUCUAUCAAACAUUAAAUAAAGCUGUUCUCUCUGUACUCUGGAAUCAUCUGUCACAGACUCAGAAUACUGGUCUUUGUGCCCGAACUCGGGUUUCAGUUAAGUGUUGUCUAGUCUAUAAUUAGCUGAAUCGUUAAAUUUGUAAUGUGAGUCUCUGUUAAAUUUGUGGAUUUGGUUUACAGUUUCGUGCUGCACCAGAGGCCUCUCCUAUUGUUAAUGUUUAUUUUUAAUCUGCAAACUCAUUUGUGUGUAAUGUUUGAAUUUCGGUGGAAAUUUAUAGAGGUUGGAGUAUUCUCUUUCACACGGUUUUUGUGCAAGACAAGGUUGCGGGAGACCUGCGAGAUGAUUCUCAAGUCAGAUAUAUUUUGACGAGGGAAUAAGAAUGAAAUGACUCGACUCUUUUUUAUUUUGGGAUACAUCGGUAGUUCUCGGAGUAUGCAUUUAGUAUCAUCUUCGUCUCUUAACUUCUGUCUUUGUCAUGUUUGUCUUUAAGAGUUUUCAGUUUGGUAGUAAAUGAUUUAUUUUUUUAUUUCCGUCGAAAUAAUUAAUGGAAAAUGAUUGUGUCUG